CCCAUCAAACACCUUUGGGAUGAAUUGGAACGCCGACUGCGAGCCAGGCCUAAUCGCCCAACAUCAGUGUCCGACCUCACUAAUGCUCUUGUGGCUGAGUGGCAGCAAGUCCAACAUCUAGUGGAAAGCCUUCCCAGAAGAGUGGAGGCUGUUAUAGCAGCAAAGGGGGAACCAACUCCAUAUUAAUGCCCAUGAGUUUGGAAUGAGAUGUUCGACGAGCAGGUGUCCACAUACUGCUGGUGGUGUAUAUAUAGAGACUGUGUAGUGUAUUGGUAGUGUAUAUAUAGAGACUGUGUAGUGUAUUGCUAGUGUAUAUAUAGAGACUGUGUAGUGUAUUGGUAGUGUAUAUAUAGAGACUGUGUAGUGUAUUGGUAGUGUAUAUAUAGAGACUGUGUAGUGUAUUGGUAGUGUAUAUAUAGAGACUGUGUAGUGUAUUGGUAGUGUAUAUAUAGAGACUGUGUAGUGUAUUGGUAGUGUAUAUAUAGAGACUGUGUAGUGUAUUGUAGUGUAUUGGUAGUGUAUAUAUGAGAUGUGUCGUGUAUUGGUAGUGUAUAUAGAGAACUUUGUAGUGUAUUGGGAGUGUAUAUAUAGAUACUGUGUAGUUGUCUUGGUAGUGUCUAUAUAGAGACUGUGUAGUGUCUUGUAGUGUAUAUAUAGAAGGAGCUGGUGUAGUGAUCUUGGUAGUGUAUAUAUCGAGACUGUGGUAGUGGUAUGGUAGUGUAUAAUUAGGAGACUGUGUAGUGUAUUGCUAGUGUAUAUAUAGAGACUGUGUAGUGUAUUGGUCUUUCCUCUCUUAUCCAUAUCAUCAUCCCACAGAUCCCAGCCCAGAGACUAGUCCAGAGUCUAGUACAGAGUCUAGAACAGAGCCCAGUCCAGAGUCUAGUCCAGAGCCCAGCCCAGAGUCUAGAACAGAACCCAGCCCAGAGUCUAGUCCAGAGUCUAGUCCAGAGCCCAAUACAGAGUCUAGUACAGAGUCUAGUACAGAGUGUCUGUCCUAAAAAGGGUGGAUUACCAGACUACCUCUCUGUCUGUCCUAAACAGGCUGGACUAACAGACUACCUCUCUGUCUGUCCUAAACAGGCUGGACUAACAGACUACCUCUCUGUCUGUCCUAAACAGGCUGGACUACCAGACAUGAUCUGUAUCGAAUGUUGAAGAUAUUUUAGUCUCAUUGUGUUGAAUGCCCACUGGUAUAAGAAGUCUAUAGUUCACAUCUAUGCAUAUCUCUGUAUGUAGCUUGAGGUUUGUGAGCUAGCUUUAAACCAGGGCUGUUGCUGAUAAGAGAGGAGAGAGAGAGUUGAGAGAGAGAGAAAGAGAGAGAGAAGAGGAGACAGGUUUGUUGUUGAGGACAGAGAAGAGAGAGAGAGAGUUGAGAGAAAGAAAGAGAGCGAGAGAGAGAGUGAAGAGGAGAGAGGUUUGUUGUUGAGGACAGAGAAAAGAGAGAGAGUUGAGAGAGAGAGAAAGAGAGAGAGUGAGAGAGAGAGAAGAGGAGAGAGGUUUGUUGUUGAGGACAGAGAAGAGAGAGAGAGAGUUGAGAGAGAGAGAAAGAGAGAGCGAGAGAGAGAGAAGAGGAGACAGGUUUGUUGUUGAGGACAGAGAAGAGAGAGAGAGAGAGUUGAGAGAGAGAGAGAAAGAGAGAGAGUGAGAGAGAGAGAAGAGGAGAGAGCUUUGUUGUUGAGAGUUUGAAGUGUUGUGUGUUUGUGUGGCAGAUGGAGAGAGUUGCAUAAGAGGAUAAUAUGGGGAAACACCUGCAAGCUAACACCUCUCAGAGACCCAACACACACACUACACACACACACACACACACACCCUGACACCACCUCUCUCUCUCUCUCCUCUAGGACCUGAUUCGUAGGGACAUCCUGUACUAUAAGGGCCGUAUCGACAUGGACCGCUAUGAUGUGCGGGACGCCAUCGACGGUCGCGACGACGACUUCAACGUGAGCGUGAAGAACGCGUUCAAAUUGCACAACAAAGACAGCGAGGAGCUCCACAUCUUCCUGUCUAAGAAACUGGAGGAGAAGAUACGAUGGCUCCGGGCUUUCCACGAGGAGAGGAAGAUGGUGCAGGAGGAUGAGAAAAUCGGUUAGACUCACACACACUAAUUUUUACACACUCACACACACACAUACACACUCACACACACUUAUACAUACACACUCACACACACAUACACACUCACACACACUCAUUUUUACACACUCACACACACACAUACUCACACACACACACACUUAUACUCACUCACACACACACCUUUUGAUGGUUCUCAGUCACACAUUCUUCACCUACUUGUGGUGAUGUCAAAUGUUCAUUUUACAAUGAACAAUGAGGUUGUAUUCUAUUCCAUUUGAGACAAUAGGCUUGCAGUCAUGGUGUACACUGCAAUAAUUCAAGGUUAACAUGGAGCUUGUGUGUUUCAGGGUUUGAGAUCUCAGAGUACCAGAAGCAUCAGGCAGCUCUGACUGUGAGGAAGGUAGCUAAACAGAAAGGUGAGACAACACGAAGAUACCAGGUGAUUUCCCUUCCUUUCUUUCUUUCUCUUCUCUCUCUUCUCUCUCUUCUCUCUCUUCUCUCUCUUCUCUCUCUUCUCUCUCUUCUCUCUCUUCUCUCUCUGACACUCUGUCUUCUCAUCGCUGUUUACUUACCAAGCCUUACACACACACUUUUACCUUCGUCUCACACACACACACACACUCCGUACAUACACACCGCACAUCACUCUUUUACCUUCGUCUCUCACGCACAUACACCUUUUCCUAUGCCUUCUUUCUGUUUACAAAUCGAUUUGCAACCGUUCCAAAAGCGUCAAAUCUAGUCACACAUUAUCUUCCAGAAGAGACUUGUGAAUCAAACAACUGCUAAACACCUAUGAAAAGACAGAGGGAUUUUAUGCAUGGUGAAUAUUAAAGAAUAGUUAUCUUGAAGUGAAAACGCAGGUGUAUAGAACGCCAGUUGGAUGUGAGUUGUUUGCCAUUGUUGAUGUGAUGUGUGUUUUUGACCGUUAGGCCCAUCAUAA